AUGCAUAAUGUAGAUAUAAAUGCUUUCUCCUCAAUAUCAGCAAUAGAAAUAAACUACGUCAAAGUACCAAACGCAGUAAAAAACAACACACAUCGUCCAGUAAUUUUAGAUUGCAAUUAUUCAAUCAGACCUGACGAUACCGAACUUGUGGUUCAGUGGUUUUUGAAUGAGGAAUUGGUUUAUCAAUGGAUACCGCCAAAUAAACCACAAAGUACUGGGCUAUUGAAGAAUAAUGUUGAUCUGAAUUAUAAAGCAACCGACGAUCCCAAAACAGUUUACCGAGCAUUAAAAAUCAUCAAUCCUUCUACCGAUUUGGCUGGCGAAUAUAAAUGUUUGGUAUCCACAUUGGGGGAUCACGAUUCUAGGAUGAAGAAUAUGAUUGUUUUUGAGCCUGAGAAUCAAAUGAUUAUAAGACAAACUGCAGAUGAAAAGUAUGUUAAUUUUACUUGUUUGGCUACAGAUGUUUAUCCAUCGCCGAAACUUUCCCUUUAUAAAGAUGUUGGACAUUCUAGGAUGCGACUAUCUAUAACAGAAUGGGAUCUGAAACGCAAUCCAGAUACUCAGAAGUUUACCAUGUUCAUAACAGGAACAGAAAAAAUAUCCGAUCUUGAUCUUGGGAUGCUCAUACAUUGCGAAUUGAAGAUUCCUGGUACAGGAUAUGUUAAGUUGAAGAGUUUGUUGUAUUAUCCGGAUUUGUAUAAAACAGGAUACGGUAAGUAA